AUGUCCUCGACUGAUCCCAGCGAACACGAACAGGAUCUCUCCAAUCUGGAGAAAGUCGUGAGCAUAAUGACUCCAAUAGCUUCUAUCCGGCGAGAUUUUGUGCCCAUUGUAGACGCCAUGGGUGCUCUGAAUGAUGCCUCUCGGGCAGUACACUCUAGCCCGGACCCCCUUCGGGGUCUCACAAUGCUUUUUCCACCCAGUCAGCUGAAAUCGCUCCCUAAAACAAGAUUUUCUAACUCGCAGGGGGGACAGGCCCUCCAACAGCAAGUCCCACGGGAAAGCGAAGGGGCAUUAUUGUUCCCGAACACGGCGCAGCAAUUUACACCAUUUGACUCCCUCCAGAACCUUUCGUCCAUCUUGCCCGCUCAGCCAGGGGACGAUCCGAGCGGCACUUUCGGUGUACCGUUUCAGCUUCAGAAUCAGAUCACGUUUGGUUAUGAACCUGGAGGUAACGAACCGGAGCCCGUGGGGGCUGAUACAGCUCGGACAGCACCCCAGCCGCUGGAGUUUGUUCAGGCAAUUGAGAAUGAGCUCAUCUGGCGCAAUUGGCAUGAAAGCUGGUGGAAUUCCGAAAGCGGCAUUGAUACUGCAGGCUAA